GCUGGACUGCGUGGGAAACUCAACUUCCAUUCCCAUCCCAGCUCACAGACAUCAGAGCUAGCCAGCAGUCAGCUCACAGACAUCAGACCUAGCAGUCAGCUCACAGAGAGACAGAACAAAUGUGGCUGUAUUUAGUCAUCUUUGGAUGUCUGUCAGUGUCUGUCCCGGCUCCAGCGGUGGAGCAGGGAAGGAGUUGUGUGUUCCUGACCAGUUCCCGUAACUCCAAGAAAAUGGAGGCGGGUCGCGUUAACGGGACAAUCCAGUACUGUGCCCACACUAACUGCUGUGUCGGCUUCUUCCGUAUUAUCGAGGGCCAGCCAGUGGCAGAACUACAAGGUUGCAAAAUGGUAGUCGGUGGCUGCCUAGAUCCUGCCUGCUUUACAUCAACCACCCAUGUAGACUACAUCAGAUGUGAGUGCAGCUCAAACCUGUGUAAUGGCAACAUCACCUGGAACGCAGAAGAGAAGCAACCUCAACUCAAACACUCAUCUUACUCUGCAGACAUGGUCACGGUCACUGUGGUUGUCCUUGGGAUGUUACUGUGUACCCUCGUUGUGGCAGUUAAAUGCAGACAUCGUUUCAGAGGUUACGAUGACAAGCAGCGUCUAUCUUUGCCAGAGGAAUCUCUGACCUCACUGUGCUCAUGCCACAUAUCAAAGCAGUCUGAUAUGGACCUGACUAGCAUGGAACUACAGCAGAUUGUGGGUAGUGGUCACUUUGCGUCGGUGUGGCAGGGAAGUUACCAAGGGACUACGGUGGCUGUGAAGGUGUUCCCUACCUGGUGCAGACAGGAGUUCACAGCGGAGAGGGAAGUGUACGGACUACCACAUCUGGUGCAUUCUGGGAUUGCUCACUUCCUGGGAGCUGGCAGGAAGUCAGAUAGCGGAGACUGUGUCCUGCUCCUGGAGCUAGCCACAUGUGGCUCUCUCAGCUCCUUCCUGUCCAAAAACAACAGUGACUGGACGACAACACUGAAGCUGGCCCAGUCUCUGUCUGAGGGACUGGCUUACCUCCAUUCUGACUUCUACAGGCAUGGGGUACACAAGCCAGCGGUGGCCCAUAGGGAUCUCAGUAGUAACAAUGUGCUUGUGAGGGACGAUGGUACCUGUGUCCUGUGUGACUUUGGCUCUUCCACCAUCCUGCGCUCGUGCGCCGGUCCACACGGCUGGCAGCGCUACAUGGUUAACGUACAGGGCCAGGUGGGGACGUUGUGCUAUAUGGCCCCUGAGCUCCUGGAUGGCUGUGUGAACCUGAGCAGUGGCUGGUGUCUCAUACAGGGAGACGUCUACUCCUUAGGAACGCUGCUUUGGGAGCUGCUGAUGCGAUGCUCAGACCUUUUCAUAGGCUGCCCGGUGCCAGAUCACAGACUGCCUUAUGAAGAGGAGCUGGGGGCCAGUCCUUCUUUAGAGCAGCUCAUAGUCCAUGUAUCUGAGAGAAGGGAACGUCCUUCAGUACCCAAACACUGGCAACAGGGCUUGCAUGACAUUCUGUUGGACAGUUGGGACCAUGACUCAGAUGCCAGACUGACAGCCCAGUGUGCCAGGGACAGACUAGUGUCUCUAGCCCCCUGCUGCUCUAUAUGAUAUAUAUAUAUAUAUAUAUAUAUAUAUAUAUAUAUAUAUAUAUAUAUAUAUAUAUAUAUAAUAUUAUGGGAUAUGUAAUUAUUCCUUAGUCUAGGACCAGACUGACAGCUCAGUGUGCCAGUCUUUACUCUCAUGUUGACGUGUGUGUGGUAUUCUAUUGUAUUAUAUUCUAUACUAUUAUAUAAUAUUCUCUAUUCAAUACCAUUCUAUAAUAUUCUAUUCUAUACUAUUCUAUUCUAUACUAUUCCAUUCUAUAAAAUUAUAUACUAUUCUAUACUAUUAUAUAAUAUUCUAUACUAUUAUAUAAUAUUCUAUACUAUUCCAUUCUAUAAUAUUAUAUUCUAUACUUAGUCACCUCAUUAUUGUCACUGUCAUUGUUGCUAUUUCAUUGACUUACACAUUGCCUACAUCUUUUUGGUUUAUUUUACCUAAUGUUUGUGUAUGCAGAAAAUGCACUGUAGUGAAACUCUAUUGGGCUCUUGCUAAAGACUUGUUUGACAUUUGUUGUAGAAUCUUAUAAACCGCACAGCAGAAUCAGACGUUAGGUUGCUGAGGUACGACUGAGGUCACAGCUGCUUUUAAAUCUACAUUUUAUAUUGGAUCACAGUAAUAUUUUUAUGUUUUAUGUUGAUAUUUGUAGAGUGGAGGACAGAAACGUGAUUGGAUUAUCUUUACUGAUUUUGCGCAGAAGGCUUGAAUAAAGCUCAUAGUGAUGAACAUCA